AUGAGGGCAGAGGACCAGAAUCGGAUACCGAAUCCUUACAUUAAAUGCUACCUGCUACCAGAAAGGCACUGCUACUGUAAAAGCCAAAUUCACCCAAAGACUGUUAAGCCGACCUUCAACGAAGUGUUCGCGUUUGACGCCGCCGUAGACAGUCUUUCAUGGAGGAUGCUGCAGCUCACCAUGUACGACUUCGAGCGGUUCAAACGGCAUGAAAUCAUUGGAAACGUACUUAUGAGAGACCUGUUUGAAAAUUCCAACCCUUACUGCUGGACCGAGUACACAAUGAACAUUAUAAGCAAUCACGUAGGUGAAUGA